AUGAAAAGCACAAUUAAACUCAAACAAAAAACUUUAAUAACCUUAGGAACACUAAUUAUUGCAAGAUUAGGUAUAUUUAUUCCUAUACCAGGUAUAGAUCAUAAUUCUUUUUACAGCAAUAUGGGACAAAAUGGACUAGUAAGUUUUUUAAAUAUUUUUUCUGGUGGUGGUUUUUCUACAAUAGGAAUUUUUGCAUUAGGUAUAGUUCCAUAUAUUAAUUCAUCUAUUAUUAUGCAAAUAAUAACAAAAAUUAUUCCUGAACUAGAAAACUUACAAAAAGAAGAAGGUGAAUUAGGCAGACAAAAAAUUACACAAAUAACUCGAUCAUUAACGCUAAUAUGGGCAAUAUUACAAAGUACUGCAAUAGCUUUUUGGAUCAAGCCUUAUGUAUUUAACUGGAACAAAUAUUUUAUUAUUGACUGCUUACUCACACUAACAACUGGAUCAAUAAUAAUAAUGUGGUUCUCUGAAAUAAUUACAGAAUAUGGUAUAGGUAACGGUCCUUCUUUGUUAAUUUUUCAAAACAUUGUUUCUGGGAUACCUAAAGUAUUUAUGGAGUAUACUACAAAUAUUUAUAAUGGAAAAACAACUAUAAAUAUUUUUUUUCUAUUAAUAUUAUUUAUAUUAAUUCUAAUAGUUACAAUUCUUAUUCAAGAAGGACAAAGAAAAAUUACUAUAAUCUCAGCAAGGCAAUUAGGAAAAAUACAAGAAUUAAACCCACAAAGCUACAUACCUUUAAAAUUAAAUCAAAGUGGAGUUAUGCCACUUGUAUUUGCAUCUGCAGCUAUGGCUUUACCUCCUUACUUAUUACAACUAACGUCCAAUAACACUAUCUAUCAAUUAUGUUAUUUAUUUUUUCCUAACAACUACUUAUAUUUACCUUUAUACUGUUUUUUAAUAAUUACGUUUAGCUAUUUUUAUUCAUCACUUAUUUUAAAUCCAGAAGAUAUAGCUAAAAAUUUAAAAAAAAUGGGAUCUAGUAUACCAAGUAUAAGACCUGGUAUAGAUACAGUAAUAUAUUUGAAAAAAAUUUUAUAUAAAUUAACUUUUCUAGGAUCCAUCUUUCUAUUUAUUAUUGUUCUAGUACCAUCUAUAAUAUCAAUCGUCAUGAAAACAGAAUCUUUUAAAGGAUUAGGGAUUACAUCUUUAUUGAUCUUAGUGGGUGUUUCUAUUGAUACUGCAAAACAAAUACAAACAUAUAUCAUCUCUCAACAGUAUGAUAAUAUAAUAGAAUAA